AUGAGCGACUACGAAGAUGAAGAUUUCGAGGAGUAUGAGGAAGAUUUCGAAGACGACAACCCAGAGCCCGCCACCAAGGCAUCACGUUCCCCAGCGCACAAGGAGAGAGACAAGCAGGAGAGAUCGUCCAGUGAAAAGUUUGACCCCAAGGCAGUCAAAGUACUGGAGGUCAGACGCGCCAUGGAGCUUGAGAACGCCAAGUUAUCCAAGCAGACACAGCAAGAAGGCCCUCCUGCCUCAAAGAACUUCCCUCAUGUACCUGGCGGGAGCACGCAGGAGAAUCUCAGCGGAAACUCUUCGCCUGUCGCUCCUCCCACGCGCGAGCGAAAGUUUGUGGACCCGACAGCUGCAUCGUCCUCAGUCAGGCUCAACCAUGCCGACCAGGCUGCGCUCUCUCGCCAUCGCAAGAAGAAGUUUGAGGAGCUCGUGACGAGCGGCAAAGUCAAACUCUCUGACUGUGGCACGAAGACGAUUCUGGACAUGCCUCCUCUCUCACUCUUCGAGCUCUACGCCAGAGGGAUCUCGCGAGCAGGGAAAUUGAGCAUGGCAUCUCAGUGUCCAGACAGCAGCAAGCAAAGGGACUUUGACUCACAAACCGAAGUCAUCGUUCGCUCGCAUGCGGGCAUGCAGUGUCCUGACGAUUUGUUGUCGCGAACGCAUUACGAGAAGAGAAAAGAUCGACAGAAGAGAUUAGAUGACUUAGCAAAAGGAGAAGUUAGCAAUCUUUUGGGUCAGGACACUUCGAAACUUGUCGCUUUUCUCAAGCGCGUGGAGCCUGUCAUGCUCAACCUCCUCGAUGAGGCUGCGAAAGAGACGCAGAAGCGAACGAACCCUGUGGAGGCUUUCAUGGCAGCAGAGGCGCGGACUUCCAAUGCCGCCACAAGUUUUUCCAGUACUGUUUCUCUAUGUUCUUCGAAGUUCCUCCAGAAGUUUGCGGGUCUUGAAGGGGUGAAGGUGAUGCAGAGCGACGGAAGGAGCAAGAUACUGUGUUUCUCCUGCAAGGCAACAAGAGAUGUCGACGAGAACGAUUUCAACCACUUCAUUGUCGUCUGGAAGCUGGACAACCUCUCCGAGCACUGGAAAGUCCUCGCGACUCACUCUGUUCCCACCUGCUUCUCCUCCUCCUCAGUCGACGGCCGCUGCCUGCUCAUUGUUGGGAGCGAAGAGGGGACUAUAUCUCUUUGGGACCUCGACAACGACUUCCUCGUCCAUGAGGUUGCUUCCUCCUCUGAACCUCUUCACGUCCAUCUCCCAGCAUACACCUCCGAGUUCAGCUCCAUCAAAGACGGCAACUCUCACUGCGCUCGUAUCGUUGGGGUCGACGUCCUCAACCGUUCUUUGCAGGCAGAGGGUAGGCAAAGAUCACAAGUGGUAUCGACAGACGAGGAGGGAAAGAAUAUUUUCUGGUCGAUCAUAGUGGUAGAGGACCCGGACGACAUUCACAUGGCUUAUGGUGGAGGCCUGAAGCUUCUCCGUAUCGGUCAGCUUAGCAUGCACAAGGAACGAGACAAAUCCUCCUCCUCCCUGUGGAAACUCCAGCGCGCCUGUUCCCUCUGCCUGCAUCCGCAGGACGACAAUCUCAUCCUCUUGGGAAUCGAGGACGGCAGCGUCCUCCAACUUGCCAAGUACGGUGGCGCGGGGAGAUGGUUCGGUAUCGCUUUACAGCACGAGAAACGCGACGCCGAGACGAACAUGGCGAAACUUCGCCGAAGGAGGAAUAGUGUCCGUCGCAUGGUCUCCCACUCGGCCAGCGGUUUUCUUUGUGCUUGA